AUGGAUCCUACCAAACCCCUUCAUAUCGUCCGUCUGGAUGGGAUUCACACUCCAGCUCCUAUCUUCAGCCCCUCCUUCAAUCACACUUACACCAGCUACCCCUCAGUCCCCUUCGCAACACCCACAGUGAUAUCCCAUCUCAGUACUCCCAACCCAGCCAACAUCGCAAUCACAACUCGUAUCCCAAUCACAGAGGAGACGUUAAAAGCAUGCCCGGAUCUCAAACUCAUCGCCGUGCUCGCUAUCGGCACCGAUAUGAUCGAUCUUGCUGCAUGCAAGAAGUACGGUGUCACAGUGUGCAAUGUCCCUGCUGCGAGUAACGAGAGUGUGGCUGAACAUACUAUUGCCCUAUUCUUUGCUGCGAGGAGGAAAGUUGUGAGAAUGCAUGGAUUGACGGUUGAUGGUGGGGAGUGGGGGAAGACGGGGAGUUUGAAGAGUGAGUUUGGGGAGUGUCCGGGGACUUGUCGGGAGGAGGUUGUGGGUAUUAUUGGGGGUGGUGAACUUGGAAACAGAGUAGCGACCAUCUUUCGAGCUCUGGGUUCAAAAGUUCAAUUCGCAGAACGCAAAACUAGUACCUCCAUUAGAGAAGGCCGCAUCUCCUUCAAGGACUGUCUUCAGACCAGCACCACUAUCUUUCUGACUCUACCGCUCUCGCCGGAAUCAUUGAAUCUGAUUUCAACUCCAGAGUUUGAGCUCAUGCGAGAAGAUGCUCUACUUGUCAAUGUUGCGCGGGGAGGUAUCGUCGAUGAAAAUGCUCUCGUGCAAGCAUUGAAGGAGAAGAAGAUCCAUGCAGCGGCUACGGAUGUUUACAUUGAGGAGCCGGCAGGGAUGGAGAAUGUGCUUGUUAGGACGGCGCAUGAGUGGAGAGAGGAGGGGAGCGAGUUUGAUGGGAGAUUGGUACUGAGCCCCCAUAUUGCGUGGUGGGCGAAGAGUAGUAUUGAGAAGUUGAGGAGGACGGUGGGGGAGAACAUUGAGGCGUGGGCGAAAGGGGAGCCGAGAAAUGUUGUUUUGUGA